GAUGUUUGAACAACUGCUGAUCAAGGAGCUGCAGAGGCAACAGCACAGAACCCAGUUCUGCGAUACUGUCCUACAGGCGCAGGGUGUUUCUGUGCCUGUCCACAGCUGUGUGUUGUCAGCCUUCAGCCCUCGGCUCUGCGAGUUUCUGUCCACUCUCCCAGCCCUCCCUGGCGGGAAGAGCAGAGUAAUCGAGCUCCAGGCUGUAGAGGCCUACACCCUACUCAGGCUGGUCAGUGCGCUGUACACAGGCACUGUGGAAGGAGAGAGGAGAGACCUGCAGAAGGCAGCUGACACACUGGGUAUCACCCUCCCACAGGAGACAGGGGAGACAGGAGAGGGGGAGUGGGAAGGAGGAGGGGAACCACUUAAGGACACGACCUUAAGAAGGAAAGGGGGCUCUGAAGAGGGUGUGGGAGGAAAAGGAACCGAUAGAAGAGUGUGUAAUGAUGCAGAGACCCAGACUGACGUGAUACUGACAAACGAAGGGAGACACAUGGCGGAGACAGACCUUGACACAGACACAGACACGCAAAGACACAUGGCGGAGACAGACCUUGACACCACUUCCUCCCAGGAUGCUCAGUUCAUGUGUGUGAGGCCGAACACGGUGGAGUUUCAAACGGUCGUGCCACAUGAGUCAGUUGGCCACAUGAGUCAGUUUCCGUGGGUUACAGAAGGAUGUCUUCAAACAUCUUCCGACGAGAAUCCUCUCAUGGCCCCCUCUGAUGAUGAUGUUUGCACUGCUGUGGUAAUACCGUCCACACUCGAUGAUGCCACAGUGUGUCAGCUGAUCAGUGAGGUGACUGUUGGGGCCCCCGGCGGCAGCUGCUCCUCCCUCCUCCCCCCUCCCCCAGAGGACCAGCCAAAAGAAAAGGAAAGGCUCCGCAUGAGUACGACGGAAGACGGUGGAGAAUUGGUCGAUGGUUUUGAGCAGUUUGAAGGAAACAUCCCAGAGUUCAUCAGCUACUUCCUGGAUUUGGCGGGGCCCAGGAGGGCGGGGCACCAGGUGCGGAGAAGCCCCAGAAGGAUGAAAAGAGAAGAGAAGAGAGGGAGUGAAAGAGCGAGGCGGCUGAGGGGAGGAAUGGGUAAAGAUGGUGAAGAGAGGCAGGGGACUGGGAAAGUGGCGUGUCGUUUUCCCCUGAGAGAAGGCCGUCCUGUGGUCCUCACCUGGAGGGGCCUCGGAGGGGGGCGGAUUGGAAGAUUGAUCCACCUGCCGCCCAGAAAGAAGGCCCGGUCCAGACCGUGUGUUAGACAAAGCAGUGCGCAAGGAAAAGCAGAGCCUAGCCAGAACAAAAUCCCUGCCAUCAGAAAGCCAAGACGUCGCAUACAGCUUCUUCCUCUACAGGCUCACCUCGAAUGUGAUACUCUGCCCCCCACACCCACCCCCACCCCCACCCCCUCCUACCUCUCUCUUUCUCCAUCCAUCCUGCACACUCUGCCCCUCCCCCCUGCCACUCAGCCCAGGUUCUUGUUGGAGCAACUCCUGACAGAGCUGAAUCAGCCUAGCGGCGCCACAGAGGCACUGAACAGUCACAGCACUCUGCCCGCAAACACUACAAGUCCCAGAAUGCUCUACUCGUCCGGAAAUGCUGAUGCCAGAAGUUCUCAGCAGCAGCAGCCAGAGGGGGAGGUGAAUGAUAUGUUGGAUCACCUGCUGCUGUCACUUGAGCAGCCAGUAGACAUGAGGCCAUACACCGUCAUCAAAAAGUUACAGGAGGGCCACAGGAGGGAGGAGGUGAGAUCUGCUGUGUACGACCUGCCGCGAGCACACACACCGCUUUUGCACGCACACCCCCUACUCUGGAAAGCACCAGAACCUUCACACACUCAACCACAACAACACUGGUCUGAGGCUUCACUCUCUGUCAGCAAUGAGUGGCUGCGGAUUCCAAAAGCUUCUCUGUCCGGGGCCACGCUACCGGGCCCAUCGUACCAUCCUCACUGUAAGCCAUCCAAACACAAAACAAAAUGUAGACGUGAGAACAGGAGGCUGGCAGAAAUAAGCCUGAAGGAGGAGAUGUUUGAGGAGAGAAGGAUGACCAGAAACCAGGCAAAUAUUCUGAGGAUAUCCCAUGAACACACUACUGCAGCAGGUGCUGCCAGCACAGGGCCAGGUGUCCCGGUUCCAAAGCACCCGCGACUGGGCAAAAACAUGAAAAUAUUGCGACAAAAAUUACUUGGGAAGAGAAAGAGAGAGGAGGAUGAAGAGGUUCCGGAGAGUUAGUGCGCUGAGAAAUGUCCAAGCUCCAGUAAAGCGCCUAAGCUCUCUGCAUAACGGCCUCCAGUCCCCAUGCCAAGGAGAGCACGAUACAGGAACGCACCUCAACCCCUCCUCAGUCCCCGUCAACUCAACGGAAAGUUCCAGAAAGCUGAAAAAGACAACCCCGUCCCCUCUCCCCAUGGCUGUGCAGGACCAACCCACAGGGGGGCCCAUGUGACCCCAUAGAAACACCAUUGAGUUUGACAGAGACUGUGUGUGAUCCCAUAGAAACACCAUUGAGCUUGGCAGAGACUGUGCAAUGCACAGGAUAAAGAAACAUUCUGUGACUUAGGUCAAAGGUCAUGACACUCCACCAGAGGUUGCUGGUGUGUCAGCAGGAAGUGUUUUGAGUUUGAGUUCAGAGAAUUGGACUGUGAUUAGGUUCAGAUCGAGUUCACUUGUGUUGCUGUUGUUGUUAGUUUGACGUUAAUGUUCGUUUUUCCUAAAUAAAGUUGUUCUUUUAGUACACGGUAUGUGUGUUUAUGAGACUGUGCAGACAUUGUGGGGUACAUUGGGGAGUUGCACGAUGAACAGCCAGGAUUCUUUUUGAUCCUUUCUGGUGGAAUUUUAAAAGAUCAAUUGCAGAAGAAGAUACAAGAUUGAUGCUGGAGUGCC